ACAACUUCCUUCUUCUUCCUCCUCCUCCUCCUCCUUCCUCCUAAACCAAUCAUUACAGAGGCAUGGAAUUCAGCACCAUGUUUUGCUGGUUUUCUUGUUUUCUGAUAAUCUUUCUCUUCAAUUCCCUCAUCAAGUCCUUGAAUUCCAAACGAAAGGGAUUGCCACUCCCACCAGGAACCAUGGGAUGGCCUUACAUAGGAGAAACUUUUCAACUUUAUUCUCAAGACCCGAAUGUGUUCUUUGCCAGCAAAAUCAAGAGGUUCGGCUCAAUCUUCAAGUCCCACAUUCUGGGUUGUCCCUGUGUGAUGAUUUCCAGUCCUGAAGCUGCAAAAUUUGUGCUUAACAAAGCUCAGUUAUUUAAGCCGACAUUUCCUGCAAGUAAAGAGAGGAUGUUGGGAAAACAAGCUAUAUUCUUUCAUCAAGGAGAGUACCAUGCUAAUUUGAGGAGGCUUGUGCUUCGUACCUUCAUGCCUGAGGCUAUCAGAAAUAUGAUUCCCAACAUUGAAUCAAUUGCCCAGGAUUGCCUCAAAUCUUGGGAUGGUCAAUUGAUCACCACUUUCCUAGAAAUGAAAACGUUCACCUUCAAUGUUGCCUUGCUCUCGAUAUUUGGAAAAGAUGAGAUUUUAUACAGAGAGGAUCUGAAACGCUGCUACUACAUUCUGGAGAGAGGGUACAACUCAAUGCCCAUUAACAUUCCAGGAACACUGUUUCACAAAGCCAUGAAAGCAAGGAAGGAGCUUUCUCAGAUCUUGGCUCAAAUCCUGGCCAAGAGGAGGACCAUGAAGCAAGAACACAACGACUUGUUGGGUUCAUUCAUGGGUGAGAAAGCAGGGCUCACUGAUGAGCAGAUAGCAGAUAACAUAAUUGGCGUCAUCUUCGCUGCUCGUGACACCACAGCCAGUGUCCUUACGUGGAUCGUCAAGUACCUUGGAGAAAACCCAAGUGUUCUACAAGCAGUCACAGAAGAGCAAGAGUCUAUUUUGAAUAGGAAGGAGGAAAAUGGGAAAGAGAAGGGUCUGACCUGGGAAGAUACUAAAAAGAUGCCUGUAACUUCAAGGGUUAUUCAGGAGACUCUAAGAGUUGCUUCAAUUCUAUCUUUCACUUUCAGAGAAGCAGUGCAGGAUGUUGAAUAUGAAGGGUAUCUUAUCCCUAAGGGGUGGAAAGUUCUGCCACUUUUCAGAAACAUUCACCACAGCCCAGACAACUUCAAAGCGCCAGAGAAAUUUGAUCCCUCAAGAUUUGAGGUUGCUCCAAAGCCCAAUACUUUCAUGCCAUUUGGCAAUGGGACCCAUGCAUGUCCAGGAAAUGAACUAGCCAAGUUGGAGAUGUUGGUGCUUCUGCAUCAUUUAACUACGAAGUACAGAUGGUCUAUGGUUGGUGCACAAAAUGGAAUCCAAUAUGGCCCUUUUGCUCUUCCCCAGAAUGGUUUACCCAUCAGAUUAUAUUCCAAGAAGUGAAAAAACCAUUUUGAAUUCUCAGAAAAACAACAUGCUUAUCAGAUUCCUGAUAUGAUCCCCAAAAAAAAAAGAAAAAAGAAAAAAAAGAAACAAACAAGAAACGAAAAAGGCUUCGAGGUUGAGACAUGGAUUCAACUUUCCUAAGAAAACAAAUGAUGGCUUGGUUAUAUACCAAAAGAGCAAGAAUUCCGUAAGUUGGAAAGGGAGGGGAAAAUCCUUUCCCUUUUCUUUUUGGCCCAAAGGAUACCCAAAGGGGACAGUCCUAAGGUUAUUAGCAUACAAACAACAGAGAAGUCAACUGUACAAAGGAGGUUUUCUAGCCAGAGCAGAUAGUAAUAUUAAUUUAAUCAUUUACCUUUUCCCCCCCUUUCUUUCCCUUCUUUUAGGUUCAUUUGAGUUUUAAUUUUUCAUAUAUAUUGAGGGAAAGUGCUCUUAGAGAUUGGAUUGUUGUAUUCAUCUAAGCUUGUAUACAUAAUUUUGCCGCAAGGCAAAAGGAAAUAUAUUUCAUUCUCUAAGUUCAAUUCA